CUCUGUCAACCAGCAAUCACCGGGACUAACAACAAGAGAAGGCUGGCAUACUAUAUGGGGUGUGCUGGUUCGUAGUGAUAGUUCGAUUGAUAUCGCGACGUCUCCAUCGUGGAGCAUGGAAACGUCUGCAAUGGGAUGAUUAUCUGAUCGUUUGCGCCAUGCUGACUGAUACUGUCUUGCUCUUCUGCAUGUCCACAGUUGUCAACACGUCAUCCAAUCUCCUUCCGCCCAGUGAUGAUGUUUCGCAAUAUUCUCAAGCCGAAAUCAGCGCUCGAGUGACCGGAUCCAAAUACGUUCUGGCUGUAGAGCAGAUGCAGAUCGCCACCAUCUGGCUGGUGAAAGCAUGUUUGCUCAUCAUGUACUUCCGCAUGACUGCUAUCCUACCACAGCGGAAGCUGGUCGUCGCGACAUCGGUCUACGUCGCUGUCGCAUUUGUGAUUAUGGAGAUCCUAUAUUUCGCAGUAUGGUGCAGGCCUUUCAAUCAGUACUGGGCAGUACCAACCAGCUCAACGCAAUGCUCUGCAGCAACAUAUCAUCUGAUUACCAAUGCUGUGUUCAACAUCAGCUCGGACCUCAUCAUUCUUAGCAUUCCGAUGCCGCUUCUGUUCAAAGUCCGCCUGCCGAGGAAGAACAAGCUGGCCUUGAUUGGCGUCUUCAUGAUCGGACUCUUCACAGUUACUGCUGCUGUGCUAAACAAGUACUACUCUUUCUCGAACCCGUUCGGCAACGACUGGGUGCUGUGGUACCUCCGCGAGUCGUAUACUGCCUUGCUAUGCGCCAACCUACCCCUGACAUACCCCCUCAUACAGCACUUGUUCAGUCUUCGCAAUUGGAACUUCUAUCCAGAUCAGACGCGCUCGGCACAAGCGGCCGGAAAUACUCGAGGCACAGGUACCGUAAAAAGCCACAGCCACUGGGUAAGUCAAGACAGGUCUCGGCCAAAGUCAAGACACUUGCGCACUACCGAGAGCCAAGAGGAUAUUCACGACCCAUUUCGCAACUCAAGUGCAGCAGCCGAUGAAGGCCCACAGUUCAUCACCACUGCGAUCGAAUUAGAUAGUGUGAAGACAUACGAGAAGUCCUCGACCGACCUAAGUAUAGACACGCCGAUGAGCUGGCGGACAGAAGAAGCCCGCAAGAAGGACUUCAACUAUAACCCUAGUAGUGCGACUUGAAAUAAUCGCCCAAAGCAAUACAACUUCGAGU